GUUACUGUAAUAAAAGUUAAUGAAAAAGAAAAUGCUAAGAAUUGCCCAUUCUAAUCCUCUUAUUCUUACUUAUAAGGCUUUGCAACACAAAGUCAUGUCAGAUUGUAAAUGGAGGUUGGAUUCUUCUGGCAUUUUUAGUUAUUUGUAGCUGUGACUAAUAAAGAUUUCCUCCUGCCCAGUCCUUGAAUUUCAGGCCAGUUAGCUGAUUUAGUCUAGCUGCAGAGCACAUGAGGGAGUGAGAAGUGGAACUCAGUAACAGCAGUAGAAAGGGACUCAGAAUAUCUGAGUGGGUAUGGAUUGCUUAUGGUGCCUGGAGCUGGCAGAGCAGUGGGUUUGGCUAGAGAGAGUCUAGAAUGGUGGUGGGUGAAUGAUAUCUGACUGAGAGGUGAUCAUGCCAUUUUGGUAAACUCAAUAAGGAGUUCUCCUAAUGAAAUUCAGGAGAGAGGGUUGUGGGUGUUGUGUGGACUCAAGAGUCAUCUGUACCAAGCAGCUAAUGAAGGAUUUUACAUGUAAGAGUGGAAAGAAAAAUCUGUGCCAUUUGUCUUAAGUUCAGAUGGUUUGUAGAGAGAGCAACAGGAGGUGAAUUCUUGCUAAUGGGCUUCAGGUGUGACUACCUUUUUUGGCUUGAGGGACUGUAGUUAGUAGCAGGGGUGAGAGAGAAGAAAAGGAGUUGAAAGGAUAAGCAGAAAAUUUUCCACACAGAGCUCAGCUGGAGGAGGUAGUUUUUUAGGCCUUUUCUUUGGAAUUUGGGUGUGUUAGAAAAAACAUGCUUUUAUUCAAAUGGAAGUGAGGUCCUCACAGUUAGUGGUGACAUUGAAAUAUCUGGUGAUCUUUUGACGAACAUGGCUGAAAACAGUUCCAAGACUGAUCCCACAAUAGAUCUCAGCACACAGCCUUCUUCCUGGACCACCAUGCCUUUAUCCCAUGUUGACCAAAUGAACAAGAACUCAAAUAUAUUUAGAGAGACUUUCCAGGAAAAUACUUUUGCUCUUGCAACUCAAGCCACAGUGCUCAAUCCUCCACCUACAUAUGAUGCUGCUUUGGCAGGGGGUUCUGAAGACAACACCCAGCUCUUUGCCACUGUGGAGGAGGCGAGUUUGUGGUCUACAGAUGCACCCUUUAACAACACUGAGGGGAUGACCAGUCUCCCAGUAUUAAAUCCUACCCAUCCAUCUAUGUCACAAAAAAUGGAUCAGAAAAAAAGUGCCUGCAUAAGUAUCACCAACAGUCAGUGCCAAAUGCUGCCAUAUAACUACACCACUAUAACUUCAGUUCUUUCCAUUGUCAAAAGUAUUGAAAUGGAAAAGUUCCUGAAGUUCUUCAGUUAUCUCGGUCGUCUCAGCUGCUAUCAACACAUCAUGCUGUUUGGCUGUAGUCUUGCUCUUCCUGAAUGCAUCAGUGACGGUGAUGACAGUCAAGGUCUCUUGCCCUGCAGGACAUUUUGUGAGGAAGCAAAAGAAGGCUGUGAACCAGUCCUUGGUAUGGUAAAUGCUUCUUGGCCGGAGUUCCUGAAGUGCUCUCAAUUCCAAAACAAAACUGAAAAUGACACAACUACAAGGGUAUGCUUCUCACCACACCAAGAAAAAGGAAAGCAGUCACUGUGUGGAGGAGAAGAGAGUUUCCUGUGUGCCAGUGGAAUCUGCAUCCCAGGGAAACUGCAGUGUAAUGGCUACAAUGACUGUGAUGAUUGGAGUGAUGAGGUCCAUUGCAACUGCAGUGAUGAUGUAUUUCGCUGUGACACAGGAAAAUGCCUAAAUUAUACGUUUGUUUGUGAUGGAUAUGAUGACUGUGGAGACCUUAGCGAUGAACAGAACUGUGAUUGUAAUCCAGUGACACAUCAUCAAUGUGGAGAUGGGAGAUGUAUAACUGCUGAUUGGGUAUGUGAUGGUGACCAUGAUUGUAUAGACAAAUCAGAUGAAAUCAAUUGCUCAUGUCACAGUCAGGGUCUGGUGGAGUGCAGAAAUGGGCAGUGCAUUCCUAGUGCAUUCCAGUGUGAUGGAGAUAAUGACUGUAAAGAUGGAAGUGAUGAAGAAAACUGCAGUGAAAGUCAAACCCUCUGUCAGGAGGGAGACCAGAGAUGUACUUCCUGUCCUGAUCCCUGUGGAGCUUCUCUCUGUGAGAUGAGAAACAGCCAGACAAACUGCAGUCAAUGUGAAUCAAUUACUCUGGAGCUCUGUAUGAACUUGCCUUACAACUAUACUUAUUACCCAAACUACCUGGGACACAGGACGCAGAAGGAAGCUUCUAUCAGCUGGGAAUCUUCUCUUUUCCCAGCCUUGGUUCAGACCAACUGCUACAAGUACCUUAUGUUUUUUGCCUGUACAAUCUUAGUACCAAAAUGUGACCCCCAUACAAAUCAGCGGAUCCCACCUUGCAGGGCAUUAUGUGUACAGUCUAAGGAACGCUGUGAGUCUGUGCUUGGGAUUGUAGGUCUGCAGUGGCCGGAAGAUACUGACUGCACUCAGUUUCCAGAUGAGAACUCAGGCAACGAAACGUGUCUAACGCCAGGUGAAGGUGUAGAAGAAUGCUCACCCAGUCACUUUAAGUGCCGUUCUGGGAGGUGUGUCCUGGCAUCCAGAAGAUGUGAUGGUCAAGCUGACUGUGAGGAUGGUAGUGAUGAGGAUAGCUGUGGUUGUAUAGAAAGGGGUCUUUGGGAGUGUCCUUUGAAGAAGCUGUGCAUCAAGCGCUCCAUGAUCUGUGAUGGUUUCCCAGACUGCCCUGACAUGAUGGAUGAAAAGAACUGCUCAUUUUGUGAAGACAGCGAACUUGAAUGUGCCAACCAUGAAUGUGUGCCACGUGAGCUCUGGUGUGAUGGGCAAGCAGACUGCAGUGACAGCUCAGAUGAAUGGGACUGUGUUACCCUGUCUAAAAACAUGAAUUCCUUGAUGUUCCUGACCAUUCACAGGUCAGCUGCUGCUAACCAUGUUUGUGCUGAUGAGUGGCAAGAAAAUUUAAGCCAACUGGCCUGCAAUCAGAUGGGCUUAGGGGGACCAUCCAAAACAGAAAUUGUAAUAGAGAAUGAGGAAAUGCAGCAUCAAAAAUGGCUGAAUCUGCACUCAGACUGGAAGAAUAAAAAUGCAUCGACUUUACAUGCUCUUCUAGUGAAUAGACAGAUGUGUCGGAGCAGAAGCAAAGUGGCUCUCUUCUGCACUAAAGCAGACUGUGGCCGUCGCCCAGCUGCUCGCAUGAACAAGAGGAUCCUCGGUGGUAGGACCAGUCGCCCAGGCCGAUGGCCAUGGCAAUGCUCCCUGCAGAGUGAGCCAAGCGGACACAUAUGUGGCUGUGUUUUGAUUGCGAAGAGAUGGGUCUUGACAGUAGCACACUGCUUUGAAGGGAGAGAAAAUGCAGCUGUUUGGAAAGUAGUGUUUGGGAUUAGCAAUCUUGAUCACCCAUCAGUCUUCAUGCAGACCCGACUAGUGAAGACCAUUAUCCUCCAUCCACGCUACAACCGAGCAGUGGUAGACUAUGAUAUCAGCGUCGUGGAACUAGAUGAGGACGUCAAUGAGACAAGCUAUGUAAGACCUGUCUGUUUACCUAGCAAGGACCAGCUGGUUCGGCCAGAUACCUACUGCUACAUCACAGGCUGGGGACACAUGGGCAACAAAAUGCCUUUCAAGCUUCAAGAAGGAGAAGUUCGCAUCAUUUCCUUAGAACAAUGCCAGUCAUACUUCGACAUGAAAACCAUCACCAGCAGGAUGCUGUGUGCUGGCUACGAGUCUGGCACUGUGGACUCUUGCAUGGGUGACAGUGGAGGACCACUUGUGUGUGAGCAACCUGCAGGGCGCUGGACUUUGUUUGGUUUAACAUCCUGGGGCUCUGUCUGCUUUUCCAAAGUUUUGGGACCUGGAGUUUACAGUAAUGUGUCACAUUUUAUUGAGUGGAUUGAAAGACAAAUAUACAUCCACACCUUUCUGCUAAACUAACUUCAGAUGGUAAGAAUUGUGCUGACAGACAAAGAAAAACAGGAAUCAGCACUUCAACAGUGAAGAUUUUGCAGUCCAGAAACUCAUGAAAUAGAGUUUCAAGCUUUAUCUAUUCUUCUUGUGGAGGUAUGGAGUACACAGUGUAUGUUAAUGGUAAACCCUCUGCUGGUGAAUAUACUCUGGGGUAAAAUUAACAAUCCUUUUGACUUCUCUUUUAACUGUGUUGUGGUGCUAUUCCAAACACAGCAAAAGGCUUAAAAGAAUCAGCCACUUUCUGCCUUUCAGCUAUUCAAACUAAGCAGUAGCACAGACUAGAAAAACCUUUUUAAAUAACCUAUUUUAAUACUA